AUGGUCCGGCGAGGGCGCGGAAGCCGAGGCAGUGGCUCCGACGGGAUCUGGCCAGGGGACGGGCGCGGACGUCGAGGAGGGGCGACACCGGAGUUGGGUGGCGGAACUCGCCGGCGUGGGGCGGUGGCGACCUCCGGUGGCGGCGGCGCAUGGCGGCGGGGCGGAGGGAGCCGGGCAGCGCUCGGGGCGGCACGGUGCGGCCGGGACGACGCGCGGGGGCGGGCGACCGGCGGCGGGGUCGAAGGGGCACGGGGCGGCGGGAACCGGCGGGGCGAGGAGGCGGCGGCCUGGGGGUCGCCGGCGGGCGACUCCGGCGAGCUAGACGAGGAGGCGGCUGAACAAGGGCUCCGGCGGGCGCGGGCGCUGUCCGGCGAGGCGGGCGCGGGGAAGGGCCCCGAUGGGCUCGGCGGGCUUGCCCCGGGCCUGGGCAGGCCGCGGCGGCGGUGGAGGAGAGAGAGGAGGCGCGGGGCUGACGUGGCGCGAUGCCACUGGCUGGGAGCGGCAGCGGGAUGA